AUGACCUCUCAUCUCCGCAGGCUUCUACCGGCGACAAUACUGAUUGCCCUCGCAUCAGCAAAAGCAUCCAGUAAUGCGAAGUCCCUGGCCACCGUCUGCACAACCUCGUAUGUCCAGAGUGUAUUGCCCGUCAAUGCCAUCUCAGGAGUACAGAUCGAUGAUGCCUCACUCACAGUGAACGCCGUUUACAAUGUCAGCUUCAUGGGCAGCGAUUUCUUCCCAGAUGCCUACGACCAAAGCUACUGCAAUGUGACCUUUGCCUAUUCCCACGCGGGGAGAGGUGAUUCUGUUAUUGUCUGGUACUGGCUUCCAGCACCUAGCAACUUUAAGAAUCGAUAUCUUUCCACCGGUGGUGGCGGAUACUCUAUUACGUCCACCGAUACCUCAAUCCCAGGAGGUAUCAUAUACGGAGCCAGUGCCGGCACAACUGAUGGAGGCUUUGGUAGCUUCGACACCACCGUUGACAAAGUCGUGUUACUAGGAAAUGGUUCGCUCAACUAUGAGAAUGUCUACAAUUUCGGCCACAAAGCUAUUCAUGAGAUGACCGUUCUCGGGAAGCAGUUGACCCGGAACUUCUUUGACAUGUCUGAUGACGAUAAGUUGUAUGCAUACUAUCAAGCAUGUUCUGAAGGAGGACGUGAAGGGUGGAGCCAGGUGCAGCGCUUUCCAGAAGACUGGGACGGUGCCAUUAUCGGUGCCCCGGCAAUGCGAUACUCUCAUCAACAACUACAGCAUCUCUUUGCUUCUGUCGUCGAGUCGCAUCUCAACAUCUAUCCCAAACCAUGUGCUCUAGAUACACUGACAACAGAGGUGCUCAAUUUCUGUGAUCCGCUUGAUGGGAAGACAGAUGGCGUUGUCAGUCGUUCUGACAUCUGCAAGCUCAAGCUGAAUCUUGACGACUUCAUCGGUCUCAACUAUUCUUGCGCUGCUACACCAGCCUCCACCAAUCCCUACAGCCCUCAGGCAGCUGUGCCAGCCCAGAGCGGCGUAAUUACGCGAGACGAUAUCAUCAUUGCUAAUCACACUCUUUAUGGGCCCCAGACACUCUCUGGCGAGCAAGUUUAUGUAGGCUGGCAGCCUGGUGCCGGCUUUGGGGAUGCCGAUACAGUGUAUGACAAUACUACUGGUAACUGGACCUAUUCACUUCAGUCGUUCGGAAUUCUUUUCGCCUCAAAGUUUAUCCUAGAGCAGAGCGUCUCAACUACGAUUCCCGGCUUUGACAGCUGGACUCCUGAUACACUUCGGGAUAUGAUUUACACUGGAUGGCAAAAGUUUGAAGACUCUCUGCAGACUACAUGGCCAGACCUCACUGCAUUCCACGACGCCGGAGGCAAAGUCAUUCAUUUCCAUGGUGAAUCGGAUAACAGUGUUCCCACAGCCUCUUCUGUACGGUACUAUGAAUCUGUGCGCAGCGUUAUGUUUCCAGAUCUCUCCUAUGAGGAGUCUAUAAAUGCACUCAACAGUUGGUAUCGCUUGUACCUGGUAGAUGGUGCGGCUCAUUGCACACCUGACCAGACACAGUGCAACGGGGCUUUUCCUCAGACGAAUUUCCCCGUCAUGAUUGAUUGGGUGGAAAAGGGAAUUGAACCUGUGACGCUCAAUACCACAGUGCUUAAUACGUGUUCAGUGGACUAUGGCUCCAAUAGCCAGAUCUGUUCGUGGCCGCUACGUCCGAUCUGGGUAAACAAUGGAACUGAAAAGAUCUGCGAAUUCCCUAGCCAGGCGUCACUCGGUACAUGGUUCUAUGACUUGAAUGCCUUCCCAAUGUAUGUUUACUGA